AUGUACCCAGAGUUAAGACGGAAAUUGCCCAGGGAGAACUACUUUGACUACAACUUCAGGAUCCUUAGUAAGAUGCUGGGAGUCGGCCCUUGGCAUCGAUUGCCCCUCACCGUUCGCUGGCUAGAGACGGAUUAUGAGAGGGCAUUUGAUGUGCCACUUCCUAGCCAAAUGGAGAUUGUAAGUGGUAAGGUUUCCAUUAGUGCCUCACAACGUAAGAGAGCUGAUGACGCUGAGGCUCCUCCACCUGUGGCUUGGGCUCCCGAGUGUCACCUAUGUAUACAGCAAAUCGAGCAGCCGGAAAGAUCCCGGCUUGGAUGUACAAAUCCGACCUGUCGGCUCACCUGCCACAUGCUGUGCUUGGCCAAUUAUCUCCUGGGCGAUGAGCCUGGUCACUAUAUCCCAAUUGGAGGCGAGUGCCCGCUUUGCGAGACCCGCCUCAGUUGGGCAGCCCUACUGCAGCGCAAACGUCUCCUGUCGGGCGUGCCCGAGGAACUGCAGGACCAGGAAGACGAUCUUAGCGAUGAAAUCGAUGUGGACAGCGAGGUGGAAUAUGUGCCGGAUUGA